AUGAUGAAGGUUGCCGUCGCCAAUCUUCACCGUGAACCACGACUGAACAUGAUUGAAUGUGGAGCGUCAAAGCAGAAGAAGACAACAGUAACACAAGCACAGCGGCGAAUGUGCCUCCCGAUUCCGCUUGACGACGAACUUUGCAGCUGUCUAGCAGGCGCGGCCUGUGCCUCGUGCUGUCUCGCCGGUGCCCAAGCAGCUGAAGAAGACCGAUACAGGCGCGACUAUUAUGCGUAUCCGGCAAGGCGCGUCCCGCACAACAAACACAAACACCACGAUGUGCUUCGACGAUGUUCUUUGCUGCGUCUGUGGAGCCUGCUGCACCGCUUGCUGCAUCAACGCCAACGACCAAGCCAGACAGGAUGGAAACCGCCGCCGUCGCCCCCAGAAAGCCAAGACGAAUGUUGUCUACGUCGCGCCAGUCACCGUCAGUCGUGGACCACCUCGGAAAUUUACUCGACCAUCGCGACGUCGAUCCACUUACGCCCGCCACCCGCAGUGCGCCAGGACAUUAUCUGUUCGAACACCAAACGCACAAGAUUGCUCGCGAGAUGUGUGAAGGUGACUGCAAUCUCGACUGCGGGGGCUGCGACUGCGGAGACUGUGAAUGCUCAGAUUGCUGCUGUGGAUGGUCCCAGCAUAAUCUCGAUCAUGGCCCCGUUGGACAGCCCAGAAAAUCCAAAGCAGCCAUUUCAAGAGGUCUGA